AUUGCAAAAAGAUUAGUCAUCAGCUGGCGAAUUUGUAGCAGAAAAACGCAAUUUUAAUUGAAAACAAUUCCGUAAUUAUUAAAAAAUAUAGCUAGUAAAAUUUGGGAUCAGUUGCUAAAAGUUAAAAAACAGAAGCCACAAUGAAUCGUUUGUUUGGUAAAGGCAAGCCCAAGGAGCCAGCACCGAAUCUGAACGACUGCAUCACGGGGGUUGAUGCUCGCGCAAAUAAUAUAGAGGAAAAGAUUACAAAGCUGGACAAUGAACUACGCAAAUAUCGCGAACAGAUGUCGAAGAUGCGAGAAGGUCCAGCUAAAAACUCUGUAAAGCAGCGGGCAAUGCGUGUGCUCAAGCAGAAAAAGGCCUAUGAACAGCAAGUGGAGGCACUGCGCAAUCAGUCUUUCAAUAUGGAACAGGCAAAUUAUGCCGCACAAUCACUCAAAGAUACACAAGCUACCGUAGCUGCAAUGAAGGAUGGGGUCAAGCAGAUGCAGAAGGAAUUCAAAAAAGUCAAUAUUGAUCAUAUUGAGGUAAAUAUGAAUUCUUAGUUGAAAUCGAUUGAUUGUG